AUGCUCGGCCAGCUCGGUCGGCCCUGGAGUGCCAUGCAGUCACGGCUGGAUAUGGGCGUGGGCCUGGAGCUGCCCUCCCUGCUGUGGGUGCUGGCCUUGGCUCUCCAGACUUGGAUGGGUGCUGCGGAGAAGCUGGAUGAGUUGGACCCUGUGGUGACCACGGCAUACGGCAAGCUGAGAGGCUUCAAGAAAGAACUCAACAAUGAGAUCCUGGGGCCUGUGAUUCAGUUCCUGGGCGUGCCCUACGCAGCACCUCCUACAGGGGAGAGGCGAUUUCAGCCCCCCGAGCCACCCACGCCCUGGCAAGACAUCCGCAACGCCACACACUUUGGCCCGGUGUGCCCACAGAGCGUUGUGGAGGGCAGGCUGCCUGAUGUCAUGCUGCCUGUAUGGUUCACCAACAGCCUGGAGGUGGUUUCAACCUACGUGCAGGAGCAGAGCGAAGACUGCCUUUUCCUAAACAUUUACGUGCCCACGGAGGAUGGUCCUCUUGCAAAGAAACAGAAUGAUGAUUUAGGUGAUAAUGACGGUGCAGAGGAUGAAGAUAUCCGCGAGAGUGGAAGUCCCAAACCGGUGAUGGUUUUCAUCCACGGUGGCUCUUAUAUGGAAGGCACAGGAAAUAUGUUUGAUGGCAGCAUCUUGGCCAGUUACGGCAAUGUCAUUGUUAUAACCCUGAACUACCGGCUUGGUGUGCUAGGUUUUUUAAGCACAGGAGACCAGGCAGCCAAAGGCAACUAUGGGCUCUUGGAUCAAAUCCAAGCCCUGCGCUGGACAAGUGAAAACAUUGCCUUCUUUGGUGGUGACCCUUUACGCAUUACAGUUUUUGGAUCUGGGGCCGGGGCAUCUUGUGUGAACCUCCUCACACUGUCCCAUUAUUCUGAAGGUAACCGCUGGAGCAAUUCGACCAAAGGCUUGUUCCAGAGAGCCAUAGCUCAGAGCGGCACGGCCCUGUCCAGCUGGGCAGUGAGUUUCCAACCAGCUAAAUACGCACGCAUGCUGGCCAGAAAGGUAGGCUGCAACUACCACGACACAGUGGAACUGGUGGAGUGCCUGCAGAAGAAGGACUACAAGGAUCUUGUGGAGCAGGACAUUCAGCCAGCACGCUACCACAUUGCCUUCGGCCCGGUCAUCGACGGUGACGUGAUCCCGGACGACCCUCAGAUUCUCAUGGAGCAGGGCGAGUUCCUCAACUACGACAUUAUGCUGGGUGUGAACCAGGGUGAGGGUCUCAAGUUUGUUGAGCUUGUUGUGGAUGGAGACAGCGGUGUGCAAGCCAAUGACUUUGACUAUGCGGUGUCCAGCUUUGUGGAUGAUCUAUAUGGCUACCCCGAGGGCAAGGACGUGCUGCGCGAGACCAUUAAGUUCAUGUACACGGACUGGGCUGACCGGCACAAUCCAGAGACCCGCAGGAAAACACUCCUGGCACUCUUCACUGACCACCAGUGGGUAGCGCCUGCUGUGGCCACAGCUGACCUGCACUCCAGCUUCGGCUCUCCCACUUACUUUUAUGCUUUCUACCACCACUGCCAGACAGAGCAGGUUCCUGCGUGGGCAGAUGCAGCUCAUGGAGACGAGAUUCCUUAUGUCUUCGGCCUGCCUAUGAUCGGCCCCACUGAGCUCUUUCCCUGCAACUUCUCCAAGAAUGAUGUGAUGCUCAGUGCUGUGGUCAUGACCUACUGGACCAACUUUGCUAAGACUGGUGACCCAAACCAACCAGUGCCACAGGACACCAAGUUCAUCCACACCAAACCCAACCGCUUUGAGGAGGUGGCGUGGACUCGGUACAAUCAGAAAGAGCAGCUGUACCUGCACAUUGGCUUGAAACCACGUGUCAAGGAGCACUACCGUGCCAACAAGGUCAACCUGUGGCUCGAGCUUGUCCCACACUUACACACCCUCAACGAGGUCACACCAGGCGUCACAUCCACCAGCACCACCACCAAGAUACCUGCGCCAGAUGAGACACCACGGACUCCCAAGAAGGUGCCAGCCAACACCAAGAGGCCCUUCCCCACACCUUUCCCCACUGAGACACAGGAUCCAAGCCAAAAUCAGAACCAGAACCAACCGUUCCUGGUGGAGCAGCGUGACUACUCGACAGAGCUGAGCGUCACCAUUGCUGUUGGAGCGUCUCUGCUGUUUCUCAACAUCUUGGCCUUCGCUGCACUCUAUUACAAGAAGGACAAGCGGCGGCACGACGGGCAUCGGCGUGGAAGCCCUCAGCGUGCCAAUGCUACCAGUCAACUGGCACCUGUACCUGAUGAGGAGCUCAUGUCACUGCAGAUGAAGCGUGGUGAGCUGGAGCGUGAGUGCCCACUCGUCUUGAGGAGCGGCUGUCCGCCUGACUACACCUUAGCCAUGCGUCGCUCACCUGACGAUGUACCGCUCAUGAGCGCUAACACCAUCACCGUCUUGCCCAGCACCAUGCCCAGCGCCCUCGGACCGUUACAUCCGUUCAACAACUACGCAGGAGUGCAGCACAACAACACACUGCCCCACCCACAUCCCCAUUCGCACUCCACAACCAGAGUAUAG